AUGCCGAAGACAAAGAAGAAAUCCAAAAAGCAGUUGGAGGACGAGCUGCAGAAAGCAGCGGAAGAGCAACGGCGCCAUGAAGAAAAGGAACGCCUCUUCAAGCUGGAAGAGGAUGCCUUGGCUGCCCAUCGAGAGCGCUUGGAAAUCGAGCUUGAAGGCAGAAAUCGUGUCUUGGAAGCCGAGCGGUUGGAGGAAGAGCAGGAGAUUGUUGCUCGCAUGAAGGGUGAGCGCAAGCGAUGUUUGGACUACGAACAGUCGAAGCUGCAAGAGAAGAUUGAGUGGCAGAAGUUUGUGUCCUGCACAUCACGCCCAAAUGUGAUGUUCGAGAGUGAGAUCACGACUUACGUCACGAUGGUUCGUGAGGAGAGGUCAGACCGGGAAUCCAUGGAGUCGGCCAUUGAGAAGUGUAAAGCGGCAGAAGAGGUCGUCGGGGACCUGCAGGAGCUUUACUGCAAGGCCUGCGAAGAGGGCGAUGUGAUACGGCAGGAUUGGUGCAUGCACUACAUUGCAGAGAUCCGUGAAUUGGAGAUAGAGUUGAUAGAUGCCGCCACCGCGCAUCUGCUACUGUACAUCGAAAAGCAGGAAGCCAACACACACUUGCAGGUUUACUUGCAGUGGGGCAAUGCCAACGAUGCCUUAAAGGUUGGGUUCUGGGGCCACUUGCAGAGCAAGGGCUUUCGCGCCAAGUCCAUCGAGCACAGCAAGAUUCAGAUAGGACUGGACUUGCCAAAAGCGAUUCAGCUGCAGUCUAUUGGACAUUGCAUUGGCGUGCGGUCCUUGUACACGACCUUCGACAGCGCGCAGGGCAAAGACCCACAGAUGGGAAUAGGCGGCAUGAUCAGAGUGGACUUGCUGUCGAUCCCUCCAUUCAGCAAGAAGGUGAAAGGCUGGACGAUCCGCCAGGUUCCAGCCCCCGGGAAGGAGCUUAUGAAGCUGCCAUAUCCCAACACGGAACACACUACUGCUAGCACAGCCAUCGCUGCACCCUGUAAGAUUGACUACAAGGUGCCCGCGCAUGUGCUAGUCAGCAAGAAUCCUGUGGUCUCCUGGUGGGAUGCAUCUCUAGAGCGCUGGUCUACGGAGGGUAUAAGCGAAAUCACCUGGGAGGAGGACACGCGGAAGAUCUCCUUCUUCACGGCACGGCUUGCAUCAUUUUCCAUUACGCAGGAGAGACACAUCGAUUUGCCCUACAAACACUGGAACAUGAGGCCCUGCGAUGACCUUACCGUGGAGCUGACUGUGCAGGCUAACAGAUACGAGCUUCGCUUCAUGAUCUCGGAGGAUGGGUUGAGGCUAAAGGGGCCUCAGCUACCUGAACUUCUGGACGUGAUGUUCGAAGCUGGCAGCGGCGAGGCGGGAGGGCUCAGUGGGCCAAGCGGCCGCCGGCCUCGAGUGCGCAGCCCUGCCACCCUCCUGAACGAGCUGCGAGAGUGCGGCCUGAACCUAAUGCCCAAGAAUGCGGAUGCGGACCAGCUCGAGGGCUACACUCCGAAGCACCCAGAAACGCAGGCGCGUGCGUACUCCGAUCUCAGCGAGAUAGCUGCUUAUUACGACAUCGCCUCAUCGGUGCACAACAAGGACUUGCCUGCCGAGCGAGCCCUUGUCCGCAUUCGAGAAAAUGAGCUGCAUGAGGUGUUCAAUCCCAUGGACCCCGAUGGCGAUAACGACUACCAAGCACUUAUGUUCUUCCCGGACAAGUGCUGCUUUGUACAGUCACGGGAGGGCAUCUCCCCCUGUCGGGAGGCAAUGGCUCCGGGUCAUGUAACGCAUGCCAGCCUCUAUCUUUGCUUCGACAAGCAUCCAUCGCCUGGACCCGCUCAUUCCGAGCAGCUUCAACGAUUGGAAGUGACGACAUCUACUGUCCGCUUCGUGGAGGCCGUGCGGCCACUGCCCAAGGGGUUCUGUGUGGAGGACGUGACAAUUAGUGGCACAAUGACUUGGAACGUUUUUGGUGAUCAAGCUUGCGUCUUGCGUUGUGUCCGCCAAAAGGUAGCGGUUGCAAGACUCAAUGCUCGUGAUACAUGCAAGCGUGUUCAUGUGUUAGGCCCUGCGCGGGGCCGGGCAGGGCAAAGUACGUUCCUCUUGAGCAGCCGGCCGGUGUGA